AUGGCUUCAGAGGUCCUAGGUACUCCUGGUGAUAAGACAACUCUCGAGAGCCAAGGGAUUUCCGGCACUGAUGAGGUUACUGAGACCACGCAGAUCCUGGAGGCUCAGGGAAUCGAAAAACUGCAGGAUAUGGAUGAAGUUAUGCAGAUUGAUGAAUCAUUAAUGAUUCCUGAACUUGAACAGGUUUCUAUGGUAGGCGCAUAACUCUAAUUAAUGUUUAUUUGCAUCUUUGUAUUAUCAUAACAAUGGAAAACUACAUGUGCAGUUAUUUUACAACAAUACUAAAACACAAAAAUUCUGAAGUCUUGUUAUUACAGCCUGUAUUAAUGUUGAAAGUUUGUUUUUUGUAGGAUACUCCAACUGGACAUGCUGGGAACUGCAAAACAUGCAAAACCCUGAGGAGUGAGGUGACUCAGUUAAGGGGCAAAGUCACAAGACUGAAGAGUAAGUUAAUCUCCAAUCAAGAUCAGUGGGUUGAAACCUUUAAGAGCAUACAAGAGCUGAAGCAGUUGCUGAUGGUGAAUGCUGGUGAGUCAACAGUAAUUAUUGAUGUUGAUGAGUCACAUAGGCAUAACUGCCUAUCUUUAUAUUUUUAUUACAUUUUAUCAAUAUUUGAUGAUUUAAUAAUAAUUAACAUUUUAAUGGUAAUAGAAUUUUUUUAAUUCCAUUUGUUUAAGCUAUUCAAACUGAUCCAUGGCCAGUAACAAAUGAGACGGAGUUAGGGCUAGAGGAUGAAUCAGAAGAUGAGCAGGAAAUGCAGGACGACGCAUAUGAGGAGUUUGAGUGUGAUGAAGACCCUACAUGGCGUCCUGAAGAAAUCGAAGAUGCAUAUACAAAACUAAAGGAAGAUGAUGACUCAGUGAAGACUCAUCAGAACCCAAGGUACAAAGAUGUAAAAUUUAUUGCAUUGUAACAUCUUAGCUCUAAGUAUCCUCUGGGAAGUGAUUUAGGCCUAAAACUAACUUCCAUUAUGAGAGGAUCUAUUUAGAAACAAGAGUACAUGAAAUUUGUUUUUUAAUUUACUCAGAUAAGAAUUGCAAAAAAAAAAAAAAAAAAAAAAAAGAAGAGGCAUAGCCAGCCCAUAGACUGGAAGUCCCAGGCCUAAAAAUGUUUGGUUUGUCCACUCAACCACUUGUAAUAAAUUAUGCAUCGUUGGGGUGGGCUAGAUAGCUUAAGGGCUCAAAGUUGUCAUGUGUGCAAUCAACAGAAUUAUUAUAAAAAAGCAUUUUUCAGGAUGUAUGUGAGAAAAAAAUCCCAACCCACGAUUAGCCAGGUUUACAACAAGUUGAAAAACUGGCAACACCCUGAGAAAAACAAUAAAAAAAAUGAUAAUCAUUUUUUUUUUGUUGUUUUUUUAUUAUUUCAGAUGCUAUGAUUAAAUGAGUAUUUCCUUUCAAUCAUUUUUUACAGGUUGGAUCUACAAGGAAAAAACAUUCGAGAGGAACCGAAGGGAAUUGUUUUCCUUUCCAAACUUCUUCUUUUGUUUCAGUUCUGCCACUUGUGCUUCUUUUCAAAACCCAAACUUUCUGUAUCACAGACAGGUACCUUGUUUACCGUAGAAAGUUUCUGCAGAAACUGUAGCCAGACAAAAGUCUGGAAGAGUCAACCAGACCUGCUAGGAAAGUUUCCAGCAGGUAACCUGCUAUUAAGUUUUGCAGUGCUCUGUGAGCCGAGUGAAAAGAAAGAAACGAUACAUUAA